AUGCCGAGCCAGCUGUACAACCUCGAUGAGUCCCACUACGGAAGCGAGGAAGAACUGAAGGAACUGAUCGGACGAUUUCACGGAGCGGGCGUGAGAUGCAUCGCGGACAUCGUGAUCAACCACCGGUGCGGAGACAAGCAGGAUGAGCACGGCUGCUGGACCAUCUUCGAGGGCGGCACGCCCGACGACCGCCUCGACUGGGGUCCUUGGGCCAUCACGCAGGGCGACUCGCCCUUCGGCGGCCAUGGCCGUCCGGACACUGGCGAGGAUUUCCCGGGGGCUCCUGACAUCGACCACACGAACGAGCGCGUGCAGCGCGAGCUGACGGAGUGGAUGCUGUGGCUCAAGAACGACGUUGGCUUCGACGGCUGGCGGUUCGACUUCGCGAAAGGAUUCGCGGGAGAGUUCGUGGGGAAGUACUGCGACGCAACGUCGCCCGCAUUCUCUGUGGGGGAGCUGUGGACGACGAUGAAUUACGACGGCGAGAAGCCGGACUACAACCAGGACAGCCACCGACAGCAGCUGGUGGACUGGGUGGACGCCACCGACGGCCGCUCCACCGCCUUCGACUUCACCACCAAAGGCAUCCUGCAGGAGGCCGUUCAGGGCGAGCUGUGGCGCCUCCGUGACCCCAAUAACAAGCCUGCUGGUGGGGAUGAUUGGGUACUGGCCCAGUCGAGCAGUGACGUUCAUUGA